AUGAUUGAAAAACCACUGUCCGGUUCUCCUCCCGCCUCUUUGGUUACCAUGUUCCAAGCUCCCAUCUGGGCCCUCCUAGGCCUCUUUUCCCUUUUCUCCUCGCUAGCCACAGCCUCAAGAGUCGUCGUCGAAGAAGCUAGCCACUUGUCGGUAGGGUGGAAACUCGAUCACCAUGCCACCGAUUCCGAUCAGAUACAACUGUCCAUUGCGCUGAAAGAAGCCGGGAUAGAAGCGCUGAAAAGACGCCUCCUGCAGCAGUCUACAUCUGGCAACGACCCCAACAGCCGUCAUCUCACAAAAGAAGAAGUCGACAAACACCGUCAACCAGACCAUAAGUCAAUCACAGCAGUAGGCCGUUGGCUACAGUCCCACGGCAUCACAAGCUACAAGGCGGAGAGCAGCUGGAUCACCUUUGAUGCUACAGCUACUACAGUCGAGACACUCUUUGGAGCCGACCUAGCCUACUACUCGUAUAGCGGUGACCCUGGUACCCAACUACUUCGCGCCCGCUCUUACACGAUCCCCAGGUGGCUCAACGACCACGUUGACUUCGUCCACCCGCUUACACACUUCAUGCCUCCUCGCAACCACAACGAUAGUACCCUCCGCCUCGGACGUCGCCAGCCAGCUCAGCCCAAACUGUCCACCCGAGAGGAGUUCUUUGCUCCUCCUUGCUGGACCGGCACCUUCCCAGGCUGCAUCCGCAAGCUUUACAACCUCACCUACACUCACCCUCCCCGCCCUCGCUCUCCCUCCCCCGUGCGCUUCGGCAUCGCCGGUUUUCUGGAGCAAUACAUCACCCAUCAAGACGUGACCUCCUUCCUAACUGCCUACGCUCCCGAACUGCUUCCUCCAACACCCACUCCAUCCCGGGGCGGCAGCGGUGGCAGCCUGACCCGCCCGCCCGUCACAAAUGCAACCGCGGAGCCCCCCUACAACAUCACCAUAACCCUCCUCAACAACGCCACGCCUUGGGACCUGCAUUCCACCGACCCAGCCCUCUCCGGCCUCGAGGCCAACCUCGACGUUCAAUAUGCUCUUAGCCUUGGUCAUCCUACCCAAGUGAUCUACUACGCCACCGGCGGGCGCGGGACAAAACUGGAUUCUUCCGGCCGUCCCCUCCCUGCGAACGAUCCUAGAGCCAAUAACGAGCCCUUCCUCGAGUUCUUGCAAGCCUUGUUGGCCUUGCCUGAUACGCAGAUCCCCCAUGUGCUAAGCAUCAGCUAUGCAGACGACGAGCAAUCCGUCCCGCGCAGAUACGCUCACAGAGUAUGCGAUCUCUUUGCUGCCUUGGCAGCGCGCGGUACUUCUGUCCUCGUGGCAACGGGUGACGGCGGGGCGGCAGGCAUCGGCUACUCCGCUGGCGGUGGUGACUCUUGCAUAAAAAACGAUGGAUCAGGUCGACGAGCUUUUGUGCCCACGUUCCCUGCUUCCUGUCCGUGGGUUACUAGUGUAGGAGCAACGGAUAACACCGCCCUCAACCUCACAGGCGCCGAUUUUUCCUCCGGUGGGUUUAGCGAGUACUUUGAUCGGCCUCUCUGGCAACGGGCAGCUGUAGACCCAUACGUCUCCAGUCAUGUCCGCUCCGGAUCAAACAAACCGAGGAAAACAGCUCACCCUCAUGCUCAAAAACCGGUCUACUUCUCUCUUAACGGGCGCGGCAUGCCAGACAUUGCUGCCAUCGGUUCAGGCUUCCAAAUCAUGCACCGCGGAGAGAUGGUGGAGGUACGCGGGACGAGUGCGUCAACGCCGGUGGUGGCGGCUAUGGUGGCGUUGGUUAAUGAUCAACGCUUGAGGCAAGGGAAGAGGAGUCUGGGGUGGUUAAAUGGGCAUCUGUACUUGGAUCAGAGAGUGAGAGGGGUACUGAAGGAUGUGGAAGGUGGAAGGAGCGAGGGAUGUGUUUUCCCUGGGGAGGUGAUGGAGGACGUGAACGAUAAGGGUAAAGGGAAGGGGAAAGGCCGAAGACAGAAAGUUGUAGAGAAGAGGCAGGGCAAUUCGACGGAGGUAGACAGGGCGGAUGGGACACAAGGAGAAGGAGACACAGAUGGAGACGGAGAGGAAUGGGGGUGGGAAGUGGAAGUAGGAGAAGGAGACGGAGAAGACAUAGGUGAGGGAAGUCAGAGUGGAAAUGUCAUUGUUGGAGGAUGGAAUGCCAAGAAGGGUGGAUCCCGUUACCGGACUAGGAGUCCCUGGAAAUUUUCAGGACAUGUUGAGGGUUCUUGGAGGGGUUUGGUAAACUAUCGACACACGCCCUUUCCUACCAGAAGUCACCGGCCACAUGGCACUUGGGCGUAA